UGCCUGACCGAGCAACGUCCCUAGUUGCGGCGAUCCCGCGACCCGCAGGCGCACGCGGACAUAGCUGGCCCGUCGGGACGCGCUGGAUAACGAAGCUUCUGCGGCGUUGCGGGCGGGCAGCGCGGCCCUGCCGGGGUCCUUGCGGGUCCUCGGCGGGCCCGGGGGAGGGCCCUCUUUGUGGCUGCAGUUGGCAAGAUGGCGCCGGUGGGGGUGGAGAAGAAGCUGCUGCUGGGUCCCAACGGGCCCGCAGUGGCGGCUGCCGGCGACCUGACCAAUGAAGAGGAGGAAGGCCAGAGUCUAUGGUCUUCGAUCUUGAGCGAAGUGUCCACCCGCGCCAGGUCCAAGCUGCCGUCCGGCAAGAACAUUCUGGUGUUCGGUGAAGAUGGUUCUGGUAAAACAACUCUCAUGACCAAACUCCAAGGAGCAGAGCACGGCAAAAAAGGAAGAGGCUUAGAGUAUCUUUACCUCAGCGUUCAUGAUGAGGACCGUGAUGAUCACACGCGCUGCAAUGUAUGGAUUUUGGAUGGAGACCUUUACCACAAAGGCCUGCUGAAAUUUGCAGUUUCCGCUGAGUCUUUGCGGGAGACCCUGGUCAUUUUUGUUGCAGACAUGUCUAGACCUUGGACUAUAAUGGAAUCUCUACAGAAAUGGGCUAGUGUUUUACGGGAGCACAUUGACAAGAUGAAAAUUCCACCAGAGGAAAUGAGGGAUCUGGAACGGAAGUUUAUGAAAGAUUUUCAAGAUUAUAUCGAGCCUGAAGAAGGUUGUCAGGGUUCCCCACAGAGAAGAGGGCCUCUGACCUCAGGCUCAGAUGAAGACAAUGUUGCCCUCCCUCUGGGUGACAAUGUGCUGACUCAUAACCUGGGGAUCCCAGUGUUGGUUGUGUGCACAAAGUGUGAUGCAGUGAGCAUCUUGGAGAAGGAGCACGAUUACCGAGACGAGCACCUGGACUUCAUCCAGGCGCAUCUGCGGGGAUUCUGCCUCCAGUAUGGAGCUGCCUUGAUUUACACCUCAGUGAAGGAAGAGAAAAACCUUGACUUGCUGUAUAAGUACAUCGUUCAUAAAACAUACGGCUUCCACUUCACCAUACCCGCCUUAGUUGUGGAAAAGGACGCAGUUUUUAUACCUGCAGGAUGGGACAAUGAAAAGAAAAUAGCUAUUUUACAUGAAAAUUUUACAACCGUGAAGCCAGAAGAUGCAUAUGAAGAUUUUAUUGUAAAGCCUCCUGUGAGAAAGCUGGUCCAUGACAAAGAGUUGGCAGCUGAGGAUGAGCAGGUGUUCCUGAUGAAACAACAGUCACUCCUUGCCAAGCAGCCUGCCACGCCCACAAGAACCUCCGAAUCCCCUGCCAGAGGACCCUCUGGCUCUCCAAGGACGCAGGGUCGGGGUGGACCAGCUAGUGUACCAAGCGCCUCCCCAGGAACAUCAGUAAAGAAGCCAGAUCCAAACAUCAAAAAUAAUGCAGCAAGUGAAGGGGUAUUGGCCAGCUUCUUCAAUAGUCUCUUGAGUAAAAAGACAGGCUCUCCUGGAAGUCCCAGUGCUGGUGGAGUGCAGAGCACAACCAAGAAGUCAGGACAAAAGACUGUGUUGUCAAACGUUCAGGAAGAACUGGAUAGAAUGACUCGAAAACCAGACUCCAUGGUAACGAACUCUUCAACAGAAAACGAAGCCUGACCCUCCUUUGAAAGUGCAUAUGUCAAAUGACCAAAUACCUAUGUAUAUUCAUCUGAUAAGACCAGGAUUUUUCUGAUAUGGCACAUGCUAUCAGUUUUUGGGGUAGGGGAGAUGAACUUUAAAAAAAUACAUAUACUUCAUUGGCUUGUCCGAGUGUGAAGUGCACAUUUAGGAAGGUUAUGUGUCAGGCCCCUUGUUAGGGAUGUCCCUUGGACUCUUGGGCUGCGAUUCUCUUGUGGGAAGUAAGCGCAGCUGGGCUUGUAGAGUGGAGAGAGGAGGCCCACUUUCUGUCAGAGUGGAGCGAACGAGACUAGGAAGUCAGAUGGAUGGUUUGACCAGUUGCGUGUUAGCAAAUUCACUUGUUCUUGGGAAGCAGGUUAAGUAGCGGAAAGUCCAGGAAAGAGAAAGGUUCAAGAAGGACAAGAGAAGUGCUUGUGGGGAAGCUGAUGGUUGAAGGAGAUGGAGGAAGGAAGCAAGUGAGCGAGAGAUCGGCAUUAAUGAGUACGUACAUGCACAGUAGAAACCAAAUAGCAUCAGUUAAGACCUAACAAUUAGAAACAUUUCCAAGCUAAGCACUAAGCAGAAUGGGAACUGGACUUGUUCUGAUUGCAUCUUUAAGUUAUGGGAAAUGUGUUUUAUUUGUGGUGCCUCAGUAAGGUGGGCUGACUCGAGUGGUGAAGACCGCAGCUGCCCAGGACCCACAUGCUUGGCCCAGGCCAUGUCCCUUGUCCUUGAAAAGAUGCUGGGCUCUAUGCACAGGUAACCUGGGGCAGGCGGUCACUGUGUUAUGUUCAAAGUCAGCACAUACAAAAUUAGAUAUUUUAAAUAGUUCCUGUUCUGUUUUGUUUAAUUGUUACUUUAACUACCACAGGCUGGCAACUAAUAGAAAUGGGUGGUUGAUUGCUCAUUGGACCGUAUUGGCAAUGUCCUAUAGCAAGUUUGGGGGAAGUAUUUACUAUCACUGUAUUCUGGCUAUUUGGCUUGUGCCAGUUCCUGCCUUAGAGCCUGUGGUAACUUUCCCUGAUACAGAAAGGUUCUUUCUGUAGCUCCCUGGUCGAAUCGUUGCUGACAGACCGAAAAGUGGGUGCUUUAUGUGGAGAAUGGAAGGGGUAGGCUUGUGUUUGUCAUAAACUGUAGCGCUUCUCUUACAGGCGUGUGAGUUUUACAUGUCUUCCAUUAGGGGCAUGUUCAUGAACACUGUCAUGUCACACCACCAUGCUGAGGAUAACCUCUGUAGAUUGGAGAUAGCACUUUGAGUUUUCUGUGUGACACAGCACAUGUAAAUGCAAACACUACCAUGACUUUAUGUAUAAAAUAUUUGUCAUCCAAACCAAGGGGAAAAACCACAGUUCACUUCCGUGGAGUUUACUUUUUUUAUAUGAAUGUUUGUUGUUGUGUCUCGGCAUAAUGUUCCUAAUGUCAUUACAUACAUGCCAGAUUUGACUAACCACUAACGUAGUUCUGGGCGUAAGUUAACAUCUCGUUAUGUGACGAGGCUCCUCGACUGGGAGUCACUUUGUAAAGGUCGGAACACUGUUAAGGAGGAAGCAGCGUGCUAACUUGCCUCUCUAACAACAAAAAGAUGUUUCUUGUGCCGGUUUUACUAUUGAAAUAUAUUUUUUCCUUUUUUAAUUCAGUUUUUUUUGUUGUUGUUAUUUUGUUUUUAUUUUUUUAAACAUGCAUUGUGGCUUCAAAUGACCAGGUUGUCCAGGCGAUGACAGGAAGCUGACUGGAGUAGAAACUGUGGUGGAGGAUCACCUGAUCUCUGUAGCAGCCAGGGCAAAAUGAGUGACCUCAGAAACUAGGAAUUCUUGCAAAGACAUGUGCCUAAUAGUGUGACUUUUAAAUUUUGAUACAUUUAAAGUGUAUCAUUUGAAUGGCUAGGCACUUUUUGUGUUGGUGUCAGUUGUGCUCUAAUCAACAUGACUCUUGUAGAGGAGACUGAUGCAUGUUACUGUGUGCUCAGGAGUUACCAAAGUCACCAGCUUUGGGAAGCUUCCAGGUUCUUUAGGGGUUUGAGGAGAUGAGGUAAUUUUUAUUAUUUUAGGAUUCUCAAGCAUUGGAACCAAAGGCCAAAUAAUAAACAGCCUUUACUUUUUAAAGUAAAAUUAAUUUUAUUUGCAAGAAUACACUUGUAUGGUAGACUAUAACAGACAAUUUUAUGACUAUUUAUACACAUUAUAAUGAUUACCUCUGUUUGUCUUUAAAUGGAUAACUUUAAGUAAGCCCAACCUAAAAAUUAUAGCCCAAAUGAGGGCUAUGAAUUGGUCUUUCCUAAAAAUCCAACAGAUAUGCUGCUAGAUUAUUUUGUUUUAUUUGCACUUUUUUUUUUUUUUUCUUAAAUAACAGAGAGGGUUUCUUUGUAUUGCCCUGGCUGUCCUGGAACUCAUUCUGUAGACCAGGCUGCCCUCCAGAGAUCCGCCUGCUUUUGCCUCCCAAGUGCUGGGAUUGGCUUGUGCUACUAUGCACAGCUGCACCUUUUUUCUCUUUUACUUUUUUUUAAUUGGCGUUUUAAAACAGUAUUGAAACUGAAAAGACUGUCUUCUGAACUUGGUGAAGGUGAAAGUGACCUCUGUACAUCGUGACCUUAACAAUGCUGAUGCUGUAAGUGAAAGUUCACUGUUGUCUCUCUGCUAAGUUCAUUGGUGUUUUUAACCUAAAAUUAGGACUGCAGAUGAUCGCCCGCUAGCCUUAGUCCAGGAUGUGGCUCUGUCUGGGUGCAGUAUGCAGUCAUGUGGAACCUUGCUUUCUAGUGCUGGGGGGAAAGAUGUCUAACUACUGGCUUCAAUAAACAAGAAUCCAGACUGCUAA